CUAUUUUCAUCGCCAUCAAAGGACAUAAAGUUUGAACGAUACCGACAUAAAACUCGAAUAUCCCUUUUCGUAAAGUUUACACAAAAUGGCUUCUUCUGUCUCUACUCAUGGUCAAAUUAGUUUUCUCGCUUCUCGACCGCAGUGCGCACCGUCGUUGGCGGCCAAUUAUCGUACUACGCUGGACAGCAGUUAAAGCUGAAACCAAUAUGGAAGAAUGUUGCAAAAUAACGAGGCACGCUUAACCCAUGGCCGAUGAUUCAUUAUUGGUUCACGAGUAAGUGUCAUGUAUAUGGGACUUACGCGGACAGUACGGUUCAGUUAUAAUUAUAUAUAUAAUACACGAUAUUGGAUGUCACGAUAUUAAUGAGCCACAGCGGAUAUAAUGGGACGUGCUGCCCACCGUGGAAGUCAGCCACUCCGCCCAACGAGUGGCUCUCUCGAUCGUUCUCGAGAGAAACCAAAGGCAUGUACAAUGUUAGGUUAGGACACGAUCGUCGCAAAGCCGAUAAAUCGAUUACAACCGAACGUCGACGAAACUAUCCCCUGACCUGGAAGAAGGGUGGGAAAUGUGCUCGACCCCCAGACUCAUGGGUAUAUCCCAUCAGCUGUGCCUCCAGCUGUAGGCCACUUCGAAUGCAAAAAAGCACGUCGUCAAGGGGCGAGAACCGUGGUUCGAGCGUGUAUCGAUCAAAGGUUGAUGAAUAAGGGGUGCACAUGCAGUACAUCUGACGAGAUGUUCAACCCUCUGGGAACGCAAAUCCAUCAAAGGUAAUGUAUCGGUGAAUGAACAGAUACAUAUUCAAAGAAGAUUGACGAGGAACGUACGAUUCGAAUAAUAUUUGUUUAAUUUAUUUUUUCAUGAAAUGCUAAAUGUAAUGUAUAUAUGAAUGGUUGAUUGAAACUGAAAAUAUUAUCAAUGAGGAUGCUUAUAACUUUGUAUGCGGUACAAAGUUAUGAUUUUAAAGAAUAAAUAGAAUAAAAUGUGUUUAUGUAAAGACAA